GCUGCCUCAUCUUCUCCUCCGAUUCGCCCCGCCUUGCUUUGCCUCCACCCAUCUUCACUGCCCGAAUUCUUCGCCAGACGAUGGUCGCCGCCUUUUGAUCAAUGAGAGAGAAGAGGAGACGGGAUCGAGGGCGUCGCCGGUGGCACCAAGUUGACUACACCAAGAUUUUGGGAAUCAGAUCUGCAUCAUGCCGGUCAAAUAGACCGUCACCGCUCACAUCCCCGCCCUCCAACGCCAUGGGGUUUCCUCUGUGCCCCCAACAACACAGGCGAGCCCCCUGGCCUCUCUCUGUGUACUCCUUUCCAUGCCGCCUGUGCUCUAUGUAGGAGCAGGUAGGGCCAUGAGGAGCCCGUGCCUGGAUGGGUGGGGGCGUCUGUUACCCGAGGUCGUCGGCAGGCGGUGUUUGAAGGAGGAACAGGGCCGACAACCAGAACAUGAGCACUACCGGAACAACAAGUUCUUGGUCCCCAAAUCUCUUUUGCAAGUUGGGCAGCCACCAGAAGCGACCUGGGAGUUGGAACAGUGGUUGUUUCAAGCAAACACAAAAUGGCAUGAGGUUCGUGAAACCAGGCUCAACACCAGCAUGAGGUUCAGGUCCAUCUGUCGAGUCUUCUACUGGUUCUUCAGGUUCCAUCUUGUUUGUGUUGCUGUAAAGAUUCAAGAUUUUCGAGAUUCAAAAAGAAAUUACUUCCUGCUGCAUACAAGUACAACACCAGCAGGUUCUACUUCCUUUGUUCCUACGUGGAGCAGAUUUUGCUGCAAAUAUGAACACAAACCGGACAGGUUCUACUUCCUUCAUUAG